UACGUCACCGAAGACACGCCCACCACGAGCGCUCAGCUGUCAAGAUUGUUUCACGUUGCUCGUUAUUUUUUUUAAUGACAAACAAACAGAAAGCGGCAGUUGCGCUAUGAGAAAAACUGAACUGUACGCAAACCCGACCGGCUGUAUUCUCCUUCCAAGAAUAGCUCUGCUUUAAGAGCUCAGCGUUAACGUUAGCCGCAGUAAUAAGAUUAUUCCUGUAGACGAGAAAACAGGCCCGUAUGCUUUAAACGAGCUAACUGAACGCUGUCAACUAUUGCGUCACGUCUAUAAUGUUUUUGUUUCAGGAUGAAGAGAGUCCUUCCUCCCUGACUAACAUUAGCUUGGCCUGGGUGUGUCACAACGUGGAAGUGCUUUGUGUCGCACAAGAGGACGGGUCUCUGCAUUUCCACCAUUGCCCUUUGUUUCCUCAAGAGCUGGCCGAUCAGCUACUGCACAAGAUGGCUGACGAGGGGGUCCUCAGUGACAGAACCGUAGGCAUCUUCCAGAAUCCAGAGCACUUGCGUUUGCGCCGCGCUUACAUCCGGUCCUCGCAGAUCUCGGCCGGAGCCUUCAGACUCUCGCUCUGCCCUCACAAGCUCCAAGAGCUGAACGCGUCACACAUACAAAGCGACCUCACCAUCUCAGAUGUUCUCCAUUGUCUUGCCUCCAACGAGCUCUGCAGACAGGGCCUCCAGACGCUGCUGAUGGACGGCUUGCGUCUGUACGGGGAAGCAGGCGAGGAGACGCUGCAGGCCUCCUUCGGCGUGCUCCGGGGCUUGAAGAAGCUCUCUCUGGCCUGGACGGACCUGGAUGACAGAGGUCUGGAGGAUAUCUGUGCCAUGCCCGCGCUGGAGAGCUUGGAUGUCUCUGGCACGAACGUCACGGAUCUCACGCCGCUGUUGAACUGUCAGUCGCGGCUCGUGUCGCUGACUGCUCACGGCCUUCAGAAACUGGAGACGCCAGCCUCCAGCCUCUCGGUGCUCUCCAAGCUGCAGUCGCUGAGGCAGCUGGACAUCUCCAACGACAGGCUGGUCAUGGACGGAGAGCGCUUGGUGCAGCAGCUCCUGGAGCGGCCCGGGAUCCUGCCGCAGCUCGUGUCUCUGGAUGUGUCCGGCUGGAGAGGUGUGAGCGACGUUGCCGUUCAAGCCUUUGUGGAGGAUCGGCCAGGGCUGAGGUUCAUCGGUCUGCUGGGCACUGGAGCAGGAGGAUCUGAGCUGCUGCGUGGAGAUGGAAAUCUGAAGGUGGCGGGAGAGUCCAACUUAACCCAGCUGUGUGAGGGCUUGAGGAGAUACAGCGACCGCCAGAGUUUCAUCCGGGAGGUCCUCGCUCAUCUCUACAGUCACACCAGUGACAUGGAAGAACCUCGGCCACACAUCUUAAAGCUGGUGUUGGCCGGGAUGCGACACCACACUGAUUCUCUGCACGUCCAGCUCGUGGCCUCUGCGUGUGUGUUUAACCUGACCGUACAGGAGCUGGUGCUGGGGAUGCCCCUACGCCUGCUGGGAAAUGUAGUUCAGCAGCUUCUUACAGCCAUGAAGAACUUCCCAAACCACGAGCAGCUGCAGAAGAAUUGCCUGCUUACUCUUUGCAGUGAUCAUAUCUUACAGGUCGUCCCGUUUGACAGAUAUGAGGCUGCUAAGCUGAUAAUGAUGUUACUGGGAAAUCGUGAAGAUCAGACGGUGCAGAGAAUGGCGGUGGCUGUCGUCUCCAUAUUGGUGUCUAAGUUGAGCACAGAGAAGAUCUCAGAGCUGGGUGCAGAGGCUUUCAUAAUGAAGCAGCUGCUGAGCAUCGUCCAGCAGAAGGCCUCUCUGGGGGUAGUGGACUCCACUCUGAAGUUUGCGCUGAGCGCUCUGUGGAACCUGACGGACGAGACGCCCACCGCGUGUCGCCAUUUCAUCCAGUGCCAGGGACUAGAGCUCUACAUGGAGCUGCUGGAGUCUUAUUAUUCUGAGACCUCCAUUCAACAGAAGCUCCUGGGCCUUUUGAAUAACGUGGCAGAGGUGGAGGAGCUGCGGCGGGAGCUGAUGAAUGAGGAUCUGGUGGAGCACGUUCUCUCGCUCCUGAUCAACCCGGCGGUGGAGGUGGACGUCAGUUACUUCGCUGGAGGGAUCCUGGCUCAUCUGGUCUCAGUCCGUGGGCCGCUGUGGAGUCUGGAUGCUGAGCUGCAAAGCACAGUGCAGGAGAAAUUGCACUCCUUGGUCCUGUCAUGGAGUUCUCCUGAGAAUGCAAUGGUUUCUUACCGGACGUUCCAGCCCUUCUAUCCUUUGUUGCACGUGUCUCAGAGUCCUGGUGUUCAGCUCUGGGCUCUCUGGGCCAUGCAUUUUGUCUGCUGUCAGAACGCCCCUCAGUACUGUAACAUGCUUCAGAGGGAAGGAGGAACAGACAUACUGAGGGUCCUGAGCUCCCAUCCAGACACGCACCGUGACGUGAAGUGUCUGACAGAAAACAUCCUGAAGAUCCUGGAGCUAAAUCUUCAUCCUGCAAACUCAGUGGAGGAUUUUCACUGACAUCACAGAGAAAAAAAUGGAUUCAUAAAGGGAUGUGCUUCUACGUGUCCUGUUAGAAAUUUCAAAACAUUUUAGAUUCAU